UCCCCUGGCCCCGCCCCCGAGCCCCGGCUAGGCCCGGCCAGGCAGCGAAUGAACGGGUGCGCCGCGAGGGCGCAGGGGGCCGCAACUUAAGAUAAGGCGGCCUGUGGUGGCAGUGCCAGCAGCUCGGAGCUCUCCGGGCCGAUACCCGAUCGCGCCGCCGUGGGAGGAACCCGAGUCCCGGGCCGAAGCUGCCCCGGGAAAACUCUCAGGCGGCAUCAACAUGGCUGCGGCCCUGCGAGCUGCGGGCGCCCUGCUCCGCGGUCGGCUGGUGCCUGGAAGCUCAAGGGCCCGCCAACCAUGGAGGGGCCAGUCGGUUGGAGCCACGGCGGCAGCUGCCACAGAAACAGCCCAGCGUACCAGAAGCCCAGAACCUCAGGUUCAGCCGGGGAAGAGGAAGCCGAAGACUGGAAUAUUAAUGCUGAACAUGGGGGGCCCUGAAACCCUGGGAGAUGUUCACGACUUCCUUUUGAGGCUCUUCCUGGACCGAGACUUGAUGACGCUUCCUAUUCAAAAUAAGCUGGCACCAAUCAUCGCCAAACGCCGGACCCCCAAAAUUCAGGAGCAAUACCGCAGGAUCGGAGGCGGGUCCCCCAUCAAGAUGUGGACUUCCAAGCAGGGAGAAGGCAUGGUGAAGCUGCUAGAUGACUUAUCCCCCAACACAGCCCCUCACAAAUACUAUAUUGGAUUCCGGUAUGUCCAUCCUUUAACAGAAGAAGCAAUUGAAGAGAUGGAGAGGGACGGGAUCGAAAGGGCUAUUGCCUUCACGCAGUAUCCACAGUACAGCUGCUCGACCACAGGCAGCAGCUUAAAUGCCAUUUACAGAUACUAUAGUGAAAUGGGAAGGAGGCCUGCGAUGAAGUGGAGCACAAUUGACAGGUGGCCCACACACCCCCUCCUCAUUCAGUGCUUUGCAGACCACAUCGUGAAAGAAUUGGACCACUUUCCACCUGAGAAGAGGAGUGAGGUGGUCAUUCUCUUUUCUGCUCACUCGCUGCCCAUGUCUGUGGUCAACAGAGGGGAUCCCUAUCCUCAGGAGGUGGGUGCCACUGUGCAGAGAGUCAUGGAUAAGCUGGGUUACUCCAACCCCUACCGACUGGUUUGGCAGUCCAAGGUUGGUCCGAUGCCCUGGCUGGGCCCUCAAACAGACGAGACCAUCAAAGGGCUUUGUGAGAGGGGGAGGAAGAACAUUCUUUUGGUCCCGAUAGCGUUUACCAGCGAUCACAUUGAAACGCUGUACGAACUGGACAUCGAGUACUCCCAAGUUCUGGCUAACGAGUGUGGAGUUGAAAACAUCAGAAGAGCAGAGUCUCUUAAUGGAAAUCCAUUGUUCUCCAAGGCCCUGGCCGAUUUGGUGCUGUCACACAUCCAGUCAAACGAGCUGUGCUCCAAGCAGUUGACUCUGAGUUGUCCGCUCUGUGUAAAUCCUGUCUGCAGGGAGACUAAAUCCUUCUUCACCAGCCAGCAGCUGUGACCCCAGCCAGAGGACCCCGUGGGAUUAGGCAAAUGCCCAACCCCCAGAUACCUCCAUUGUGGAGGAGAUGUAUUCAGAGAUCAGGGAAGAAAGUUACAUUGGCAUCUGUACUGCCUUUGGGCACAAAUUGUGUGAUUUCUUGAGGAACAGAGUCUGAAAUCCUUAUUGGGGUUUUCUAUUUUUAUCUCCUAAUACAGGAAGCAUUUAUAUCCCCCCUCCCUGGGUAAAGUUACCGGCUUGGAAUGUCCACUGGGCUAUUUAAAAACUAACUUUUAAAAAUUUAUCUUAAUAGAUGCACACAUAUUUUAAAUACCGAUUUGGGGUUUAUUGCUCAAAAAACCUGCAUGGGUGAUUAAUGGAGAGUCCCCUCUGUGGGCUGUCAGUGUGAAUGAGAUCUGUUUACAGUCUUGUGCAUAUAGUUGUCUUGUUUUUUUAAGUGAACAGACUUGACUGAAGGAAAUAUAAUUUGAAAAGGAACUGUUACCUAAUCUUUCUCUAAGCCCAUGGGUUACAGAAGGCCAGUAAUGAGGCAGGAUGGUCACCUAUAAUGGCUGCUUUUUCAGCAAUUAAUGGUGAUGUCCCCAUUAACUGGUCAUUGUGGUACUUCCGUGUGAACCUCACUUUUCUCACCAUAAAACCAAAUCGAGUACAGAUUCCAAAAGUGCGUUAAGAUUCCCCAGGCACACAAGGCUAAUAAACCUGUAGAAAUCCAGCAUGGGUCAUACUUGCCUGGUGAGGAUCUGCAGUGUCACAGGAAAGGGGGCUCUCACUGCUUCCCGUCCCCAAGGACUGUGAUGCCGGGAAAUACUAACAAUGGGCUUCAUCUCUAAAGCUGUCCCAGGACCUGGUGAAACUUUACAUGGAGCAUCUUCUUUAUUUUGCUUGAAUGCCUUCUUUCUGCCCGUUUGUUUGAAGAAUUACUUUAUAAAGUCAGUUGUUUUGUAAUCUUGAAUUUGUAAUCUUAAUUUAUAAUUUUUACCAUGAAAAUGAUGUAACCCUGCUCUUGGAAAUUUGAAAAACAGAGGGAAAAAAAAUCACUCUAAUGCAACAGCAAUUAAUCAUAUUCUUCUAUCUCAUGCCUUCCUGUGGAUAUUUUUGAUGCCGUUGUAACCUUGAAUUUGUGAGUGAAAAGUUGUUCUAAAAAUGUAGAAAUAAUGUAAGAUCAGAAUCUGAUCUCUUUUACUUGGAUUUAAAUGGAUUAAAAAAUCUCUGAUGGAUCCGUAAUGAAUUUGUAAUGAUUACCUUCUCUUUUGUCCAAGCUCGAAAACUUUGUUCUUCAAAAGAGCAUGUCUUUGAUGUUUUUAAAGCCAGUUCAUAAAGUGGAAGUAUUAGAAGAAUCAUAGAUCUCCUAUAUUCAGGAUUUACUGUGCUAAUAAAUAUUAUCACAUCAUUAAGGUGUUAACUAUUUGAUUCAUGCUCUCUGUUAAAUCAAAACUAAUGCAAGUUCAUUAAUAAUCAGACUUAUUAAAUAGGAGGAAUUUAGUUUGUAAUACAAGGAAAGAAACAUGCCAUCCAUUUUAGUUCAUAAUUUUCCCACUCUGAUAACAGCUAUGAAAUUUGAGUAAUGUGCUUUUUUUUUUUUUUUUUCAAAUUGGUUUUAAUAUUGGUAGAUUGUGUUUCCAGAGAAAGGUACAAGGCAGAGAUAGUUGGCUGUUUCCGUGAGCUCUUGGGGGAUUAGCUUCAAGGUAGACUGAGUCCCACAGUGAAGGCAAUUCUCUGGGUUAGUGAAGGCGGGUUAGGCUUGCAGCCAUUCCCUGUGCUUCAGUCAUGCGGAGGGGCUGCUUCAGCCAAAUACAUAUUAUUAUGGAGAUGUUACAGAAAACUGCAGCCCAGGAGCUCUUGCUAGGGUAUCUGAAACCCCUCGUUUGCUAAGGGAGCUUCUGAAUCAACAGUGACUGGGCUGUCUGGAAUAAUAUCCUUGAUUCUGAGGGGGACCAGCCCGGCCUUUGUAGUGACAGACAAAGGGCGAGUUCUUGGGAUCACUGCCCAGGGCAUUUGUUGUCCUGAGGAGUGUUACCUUUGACUGUUCUUAACCAAAGAUGGGCGAGGAUCAUACUCAAGGGGAGCAUUUAGUAGGACAAAAUCAACGAUUGCUCGUGGCAGAGCUAACAGCCUUUGAGAAGGGUUAUCCUAUUUGCCAACUUUGAAAUAUACACGUUUGCCCUGGUAAUUAGCAGUGAACUGCUGGCAGCCAGGCAGACCUGGCUUGAACUGAUGAAUCAGCCUGUACAGGAAACUUGCAGGGGCUGUGACGCUGAGCCGGUUCAGCUUGGCCCGGGUCCUUGUAAGGCCCAGCUCCCUGUAUGGACAGCACAGAAGGAAGGAACUCUUCUAAAGGAUAUGCAUUCUGGAACUACUUGCCUUUUUUAAAUGAAAAGAAAUGUUUGCAUUCAAAGAAUAUUUACUUCAUAUCUGGAGAAAUGAAACUCAACGUUAAAAGCCCUUUAAAUGUGUAUCAGUGAUGCGGGGGCGGGGGGGCACCUGGGUGACUCAGUUGGUAGAGCAUCCAACUCUUGUUCUCAGGGUCAUGAGUUCAAGCCCCACAUGGGAAGUGGAGCCCACUUAAAAAAAUGUGUAUCGGUGACUUUUUGGUGCUGACUAAAUAGUAACUACUCACGACUUCCUGAUAGUACCUCAGAGUACACAUCCUUGCUCAGUAAAUCCAUGAACAGAAUGUAACAUUUCUCUAGGAUUCCAUUAAAUUUUUCUUUGUGACUGGAAUUAUGUAGACCAUGAUGGCUAUCUAGAUAUGAAGAGAAAGUGGGUUUUCUGCUCCAAGUCGCCCAAAUUAAGCCUGUCAGAAGAUGCAUUGUAUCCACCAUUCUAAAGUCAUAUUAGGUCAUUUACAUGUUCAGCUGAUCUUGAAAAUAGGUGUUUUCAAAAAAAAAAAAGAAAACAG